GUUCCCAUACUACAAAGAGAAGUUCCCAGCAUGGCAAAAUUCAAUCAGGCAUAACUUAAGUUUAAAUGAUUGUUUUAUUAAAGUUCCACGAGAACCGGGGAACCCUGGCAAAGGGAAUUUCUGGACCCUAGAUCCAUUAGCUGAAGACAUGUUCGAUAAUGCUUCAGUAUUUGGACCAUUUAAUCCGUUCUGGGUCAGAAAACCAGUUCCAAUAUUCCCUAUUCAAUUCAACAUUGAAAAUAGCGUCGGGAGCUUUCUGUCGAACGGUCUACAAGAAAAUUUGGACUUAAUGGCUGCGGCUGCAAAUGAUUCAACAAUUAUCAAAGAAAAUCAUUCAACAUCAUACAUACGUGGUACUAACGCCGCUGGAGACACAUCCAUGAAAAAUGCAUUUUAUAUGAAUCCGGCCAAUAUUGAUUUGUUGAGACAUAAUAUCAAUGUUCUACGAAAUAAUCCGCGCAAUAUAAACGAGAUUGAUUUCCAUACAAUAGAUACGGUUAAUCAUAAAAAUGACCUGUUCUUGAAUUUCAAUCGAAAAUCAAUUUUCAGAACAUCGAGUGAAAAUUUAUCACGAAUAACGUCAGAAAUGUUUAGUAGUGAAUCAGCAACACAGAAUGAACAAUAUCACCCUGCUACACCGUCUGAGAAAAUCAAUGUAGAAGAUGAUAACACCCAUUUGUCAGACACUGAGGGGAUUGAAAAUACAAUAACUUUAAACUUGAAAUCUACCAGCGAUAUCCAGUCAUUUCAAAAUCAAUUAAGAGAAAGAAAUCCGUCGCCUAAAAUUUCUAAUAGUAGUAAAUCUGAUGAAUUGUUACAAAAAAUACAAUCACAAACAGGUGACGUAUUGACAGAUAAUUUUGAUGAUAUUGAUAAACCAAAUUUACAAAAUUGGAAUUACUAUAACCAUACCUCACAAGGAGCCGAAAGAAAUUUUGAUUUAGCUGAAAAAGCGACAAACAUUCGGAAUGCGAAAUAUUUUAGCAUUGAAAAUCUAAUAGGUAGAUCAAUUAACGCUGAUAGUAGCUGA